GCGGUUUUUGUUUCACAUCAGCACACGCUGUCAUCGCGGUGUGUGGCGCACCAUUUCCAUCUUUGGAACCAACCAACCAAUCUGAGAAGCAAAGUGCCUGCCCCUGCACGCUGACACAACAACCAACAACCACCAAGACCAACCGCCGCCAUGUCCAAGCGCGAUUUCCUGAUUGAGCUGGAGAAAAAGGCCCAGGACCGCUGGGCCAAGGAGAAGGCCUUCGAGACCGAUGCGCCAGAGAACGGCAAGGAUCAUGCGGAGGAGACGUACUUUGUGACGUUCCCGUACCCGUACAUGAACGGCAAGCUGCAUCUUGGCCACAUGUUCACCAUGUCCAAGGCCGAGUUUGCUGUUGGCUACCAGCAGCUCAAGGGCAAGAAGAUCCUCUUUCCCUUUGGCUUCCACUGCACCGGCAUGCCCAUCAAGGCGUCUGCGGAUGCCCUGAAGGAGGAGAUGGAGACGUACGGCUGCCCACCGCAGUUCCCCAAGGAGGAGGAAGAGGAGGACAAAGGCAACGGCAAGGACGCCAAGGCCAAGAAGUCCAAGAUUGCCGCCAAGGAGGGCCGCGCCAAGUACAAGUGGGAGAUUCUCCAGGACAUGGGCAUCCCAGACGAGGAAAUCCCAAAGUUUGCUGAUCCCCACUACUGGAUCGAGUACUUUCCUCCGCUGGCCAAGGAGCACCUCACCCGCUUCGGCCUCAAGGCCGACUGGCGCCGCUCCUUUGUGACGACGGACUACAACCCGUACUACGACGCGUUUGCCCGCUGGCACGCUCUGAAGCUGAAGGAGAAGCACAAGAUUGAGUUUCACAAGCGGCACGCGGUGUACUCGCCCAAGGACAAGCAGCCGUGCAUGGACCACGACCGGUCCAAGGGCGAGGGCAUUGGGCCCCAAGAGUACACGGGCAUCAAGAUGCGCAUGCUCGAGCUGCCAGAGUGCCUGAAGGAGCUGGGCGACAAGAAGGUGUACCUUGUUGCUGCGACGCUGCGCCCCGAGACCAUGUACGGCCAGACCAACUGCUGGAUCUCUCCAACCAUCACCUACGUCGCCUGGAAGGUGUGUCACUUGUGCACGCCACGCGCUGCCUGCGUUUCACACAUAUGUACGCACACACAACACACACACGCACAUGCACGCACACACGCAUAUACACGCACACACUCACCUUCACACACACACUCACCUUCGCACACACACACACACACACACGCACACACACACACACACACACACACACACACACACACACACACACACACACACACACACACACACACACACAAAUCCCGCCCUCCCCCUCACCAUCUCUGCCGUGUGACUGCAUCUGUGCACCAGGAUGCCAAGCCGCAGGUGAAGGAGGACAUGAUUGCGAGCGGCGAGGCCAUCACGUACUUUGAGCCGGAGGGCCUCGUCAUCUCCCGCUCGGGCGACGAGUGCGUUGUUGCCCUGACAGACCAGUGGUACCUCAUGUACGGCGAGCCAAAGUGGCGCGCGCAGGCAGAGGAGGCCCUGGCGCAGCUGGAGUGCUACCACGACUCGUCCCGCCACGCGUUUGCCCACACGCUCGACUGGCUCAAGGAGCACGCGUGCUCGCGGCUGUACGGCCUCGGCUCCCGUCUGCCCUGGGACGAGAACUGGCUCAUCGAGUCCCUCUCAGACUCCACCAUCUACAUGGCCUACUACACCAUCGCCCACCUCCUCCAGGACGGCGACUUCCGGGGCGCGCACGGCAACCCGCACGGCAUCACGCCGGAGCAGUGCGACGAGAAGUUCUUCGACUACGUCUUCCUCUCUGAGAAGGAGCAGCCUGCUGCGGAGGAGUGCAAGGUGUCCAAGGACGUGCUGGACAAGCUGCGCAACGAGUUUCAGUACUUUUACCCGCUGGACAUGCGCGUCUCUGGCAAGGACCUCAUCCCCAACCACCUCACCUACUGCCUUUACAACCACGUCGCCAUCUGGGAGGACAACAAGGCCAUGUGGCCGCGCAGCUUCCGCGCCAACGGCCAUCUGAUGCUCAACGGCGCCAAGAUGUCCAAAAGCACCGGAAACUUUAUGACCCUCGAGCAGUGCAUCGAGAAGUAUGGCACCGACGCAACACGCAUGACGCUUGCUGAUGGGAGCGACGGUGUCGACGAUGCCAACUUUGAGGAGAAGACGGCGAAUGCCAACGUGCUGCGCCUGUACAAGGAGCUGGAGUGGAUCAAGGCUGUGGUCGACAGCAUCGCCCUCCUCAAGGACGGCAAGGCCGACGACGCCGCUGCACAGGACCCGUCUGUUGCCGUGCGGUCUGGGGAGAUGGGUGUGAACGACAAGGCGUUUGAGAACGAGAUCAACCUUGCCAUCCGCGACGCGGACGCUGCGUACAAGCGCAUGCACUUCCGCGAGGCCCUCAUGGCGGGCUUCUUCACCCUGCAGGCUGCGCGCGACCGCUACCGCAAGGUGUGCGUCGGCCUGGGCGAGCCCCUGCAUGCCGGCGUUGUCGAGCGUUUUGUGACGGUGCAGGCCCUGCUGCUGUCGCCCAUCUGCCCGCACGUGUGCGAGCACAUCUGGGCGCUGCUCGGGCACGAGGAGAGCAUCACGACGGCGCGGUGGCCCGAGGCCGGCCCCGUGGACGAGGUCAUGCUGUCCUCUGGGCGGUACCUCGAUGACGUGGAGACGGACCUCCGCCAGCGCAUCAACAAGGCAAAGGCCCGCAAGAAGGGGCCCGUCCAGGAAAUCACCAGCGUUGUGCUGUAUGUUGCGUCGACGUAUCCUGACUGGCAGGCGAAGAUCCUGACGUACCUCAAGGACAACUACAACCCGGACGGCGCCACCCCCGCGGAGCGCUUCCCGGACAUGAAGGCCGUCAGCCAGCAGUUCAAGAAUGACCCUGACAUGGCGAAGCACAAGAAGCUGCUGAUGCCGUUUGUUGCCAUGAAGCGUGAUGAGGCCGCCACCAAGGGCAGUGCCGCCUUUGACCUCACUGUCACCUUCAACGAGACGCAAGUCCUCAAGGAGAACCUGCCGUAUCUCAGGAAGAUCUUUGAUCUCCCCAUUGAGGUCCAGCCUGUCGAGGAGGCCGACGAGAAGACCAAGGGCAGCUGCCGCCCCGGCGCCCCUGCCAUCUUCUUCCCUCCCUCGGAGUAGAGCGACCAUGCAUCUUGGCCUUUCUUCGUAGACGAAACAAUCGUUGUGUCUUGUGUUUGAUGUGUGUGUGUUGUGUGUCUUGAGUUGUGUGUCUGUUGUGUCUGUUGUGUUUGAACUGCUUCUGCUCUUGCUGUUGGCUUCGUUUCUGCCUGUCGCCUGUCGUUUGCGUUGCUUGUGUUGUGUCCGAAUAAUAUGAACCAUAACCCCAA